CAACACUUACCGUCCGUGAGCGCGAUUUGUGAACGUAACGACACGGGCCGACAUACGACACGCUUCAUCAGUUUCUUUUCACUAACGACGUUUUCCGACUAUUAUCGAUAUAUCGGUCCAGUGGAAACCGCAAUUCAUAUCUGCCCUUGAAAUUGUGCACUUAUAACUAUGACAAUUUGUCAAGCGCGGAUUGAGUACUUGAGAUGGAACGACAAAAUUGCCGAUGAAUAGUUUUCUACCUCCUACAUGAUAAAUUGAAAAUUUAAAUCUGGAUGAUUUUAUUGUGGCGAGACGUUCGUCGAUCGCAUAGUUCGUUGUUCCACGUGAUGAUCUUCGAUGACAUCGUUUCUUUCACCGAUGAUUGAUCUAAAAUAGGACAAGGUUGUCUGAUGGGAACAACGUUUGACAAACAUGAUUCCCGGAAGUGGCUCGUUGUCUGUCAUCCAUCAUCAUCAAGACCCUUGUGCAGAAGUAUCUCACAUUAAAAUAAGAAUUAAUAGGAUGAGGUGAAUUCGAUUUACUUUGUAUUUCGGACAGAAAAUAAUGCCUUCGAGCGGAUCUUCUAAGGUAUCCAAGGUAGAUAGGUCCACUAGUCCUCUGCCAUGUAGGCCUGCAAAUCCUGUUCAAGAAUUAAAAGCUUUGUUUGCUGAACCGCCCAUAAGAGUUUCAAAUGGCAGUAAAGAACAAGAUUUUCGUUUCGAGGCAAUUCAAUGCUUGCAAUCGUCGGCUUUUAAAGAAAUCAAAACAUUGCCGGAUCGAGGAACGUGGAGCAGCAAGAUCGAAUUCAUCCUCUCCGUAGUAGGGUUGGCUAUAGGAUUAGGAAACUUAUGGCGAUUUCCUUACCUCUGCUACAAAAAUGGCGGUGGUGCUUUUAUGGUUCCUUAUUUUAUCGCUCUUGCACUUGCCGGAGUACCCAUGUUCCUAAUGGAGUUAUCAUUGGGCCAGAUGAUGACUAUAGGAGGAUUAGGUGUCUUUAAGAUAGCUCCGAUUUUCAAAGGCAUUGGCUACGCUACUUGCGUACUUUCUUGUUGGACGAACAUAUAUUAUAUCAUUAUACUGGCAUGGGCACUUUUUUAUUUUUUGGUCUCCUUACGAAUUGAUGUGCCAUGGAGAACAUGCGGCAAUUCUUGGAAUACACGUUACUGCCUCACUUCUUCAGAACGUUUAGAAGCGUUAUGUUGGCCCGAAGACGAAGAUACGAUAUGUUCUACUUCGAUUGGUAACUUAAGUCACACUUUGCUGAGAGAUCCAGUGAAAGAAUUUUGGGAGAGGCGUACCCUUCAAAUUUCUGGUGGUAUAGAAAGCAUAGGUUCAAUAAGAUGGGAACUAGCAGGUACUUUAGCUGUCGUGUGGAUCAUGUGUUAUUUUUGUAUUUGGAAAGGCGUGAAAUGGACUGGAAAAGUUGUGUACUUUACAUCGUUGUUUCCAUAUGCAUUAUUAGCAGUUUUAUUGGUACGGGGAUUGACCUUACCAGGAGCAAUGGAAGGUCUGAAAUAUUAUGCAACGCCAAAUCUUUCAAAACUCAGUGAUCCCGAAGUAUGGAUCGAUGCGGUGACGCAAAUAUUUUUUUCUUAUGCCCUGGGUCUAGGUGCAUUGGUUGCUCUUGGAAGUUACAAUAAAUUUAAUAAUAAUGUUUACAAGGAUGCACUAAUCGUUUGUACAGUGAAUUCAUGUACUAGUAUGCUUAGUGGCAUUGUUAUAUUUUCUGUGGUUGGUUUUAUGGCUCAUGAACAACAAAAACCUGUAGCGGAUGUAGCAGCCUCUGGUCCAGGUUUAGCUUUUUUGGUUUAUCCUUCCGCAGUUCUUGAAUUACCAGGAUCAUCAAUUUGGGCUUGUUUAUUCUUUUUCAUGCUUAUCCUUAUUGGCUUAGAUAGUCAGUUUUGUACAGUUGAAGGCUUCAUAACAGCCGCGGUCGAUGAAUGGCCGCGUCUUCUUAGAAAACGAAAAGAAUUAUUCAUAGCAAUUGUAUGCUUUAUCUCGUAUCUUAUAGGUCUUUUUUGUGUUACUGAGGGGGGAAUGUAUGUUUUUCAACUCUUGGAUUCGUAUGCUGUUAGUGGAUUUUGCUUAUUGUUUUUAAUGUUCUUUGAAUGUAUUGCUGUUUCGUGGGCAUUCGGUGUAAAUCGAUUUUACGAUGGAAUUCGUGACAUGAUUGGUUAUUAUCCAUGUUGCUGGUGGAAGAUAUGUUGGACAUUUACUACUCCAGCCAUUUGCGUGGGAGUUUUCACUUUCAACAUAAUUAAAUUCGUUCCCGUAAAAUAUCUUACGUAUGAAUAUCCAUGGUGGAGUCACGUGUUAGGGUGGCUUUGCGGUCUUUCCUCAAUGUUAUGUAUUCCCGGAUACAUGAUUUAUAUCUGGUUUACAACACCUGGAACUAUUUCUGAGAAAUUCCGAAAAUUGAUAAGAAUAGAAGAUGACGUUACCGCUUUACGAAUGAAAUUAAAUCCCCAAAAAGCUGCCGCUAUCAGUGCAGAUCUCGAACUAUAAAUGUCAUUGUAUCUUUAUUCGACAUCCAUCAAUGAUUCAAGUGUGUUCUUUGCAGUGUAUGACUGGGCAGAAGCAUGAUUUCAAAUGUUGAACAGUAUUACAUCAUAUAUUCAUACCCAUUAUAACCAUUUAUCACAAAAAAUUAACUUAGUGGUUGUAUAAAGUGAGGUAUAUUGAUAAUAAUAAAAUGCAAAAUAGUCUUAUAUAGAAAAUAUAUAAAC